UAUAAAAAUGUAAACCUAAGAAAGUUGUUGGUUUUAAAAGGAAAGGAAAUAUCGCCAAAAAAAAAAGGAAAAAAAGUGUGGAACUAUCGUGCUUCUGUAUCACAACACCUUCCGCAAUCCGCAAGAGUUGGAUUUUGUUGAUCGAUUCGUGUAAUAGAAAGAGAUAAAAAGCGUGCGUGAUGGAUUCCUCUCACAUGACUUCGCUCCACGAAGAUAUCACCGACGAUCAGCCUCCACAACCCGCUUCUAUUUUCGAUUCCGUUCCUCAACGUCCACCAACUAAGACUUCUUCCGAAAAAUACACACCCCUAGAUUGGUCCGUUUACUUUGACAAACAAGAGGAUGUUGUUAUUCCUGAAUCAAAUGAUGUUUUUCAUGUUUACAUGGCAGGAACCGAGGGUCCAGUUGUAUUCUGUUUACACGGUGGUGGUUAUUCUGGACUUUCGUUUGCUGUGUCAACAAGUAUAAUUAAGGAGAAGUAUAGGGUGGUUGCGAUGGACUUGAGAGGCCAUGGAAAAUCAUCGACAGAUAAUGAUCUUGACUUAUCUGUUGAGACCAUGUGCAAUGAUGUAUUGGCUGUUAUAAAGGAAUUAUAUGGCGAUUCUCCUCCAGCAAUUGUCCUCGUUGGUCACAGCAUGGGGGGGUCAAUUGCUGUGCAUGUUGCUGCAAGGAGAUCAUUGUCAACCUUGGCUGGGUUGAUUGUUGUGGAUGUUGUAGAGGGAACAGCGAUGGCUUCACUAAUGCAUAUGCAGAAAAUCCUAUCAAGUAGAAUGCAACAUUUUUCAAGCAUUGAAAAAGCUAUUGAAUGGAGUGUCAGGGGUGGCACUUUAAGAAAUAUUGAUUCUGCUCGCGUAUCAGUCCCCGCCACAAUAAAGUAUGAUGAUUCAAAGAAAUGUUAUGUUUAUCAAACAGAGCUGGAAAAGACUGAACAAUAUUGGAAAGGCUGGUAUGAAGGCCUCUCAGAGAAAUUUUUGUCAAGUCCUGUUCCAAAGCUGUUGUUAUUAGCAGGAACUGAUAGAUUGGACAGAACUCUCACAAUUGGUCAAAUGCAAGGGAAGUUUCAGAUGGUAGUUGUCAGACACACAGGGCAUGCUAUUCAGGAAGAUGUACCUGAUGAAUUUGCCAAUCUGGUAGUCAACUUUAUUUCUCGCAACCAAAUAGGCCCUCAUGGAGUCGUGAUACCUGGCCUCCGCAAGCCUGCCUUUUCAAAGCCAUGAAUCAGGUGUUAGAUAAACCAAGAAUGGCAACUGCUGCAGGGUGAUGACGGUUUUCUUAUCUGACAUUCCUUUAGUUCUAGUAUAUUAUUAUGAACGGUUACAUGUUUUGGUAGGUGGAGUGAGUAUAUAUUUUAGAUUAUGAUAUGGUGAAUGUAUUAUUAUCCACAGUUUUUAGGCAUUUCAUAUCAAGCUACAAUUGGAGAAAGGCUUAAAUUGUACUAGGUUCUAGACUAUAAGGUACAAUGGAAGCAAUGCUUAUUUUCUAUUAGGUUCCAGAUGAUAAGAGUUUUCUAAUUAAAAUAAAUUUAUGGUUCUUUAUUUA